AUGCAUCUAGUUGCUCUGAUCUUACCAGCAUCGAGCAUGUUCCCCCACUUGAUGUCUUGCUCAACAACUCAGAGGUCCAAAAAGUGGGAUAACGACCUCGCAACAACCUAUUUCCGCGUCCAGAUAAAAGACUAUCAUGGCCUCCCCAAGGAUGCACCCAAGGACUGUUCUUACUUCAAUCGCCCUUACACGCAUCAGAUGGAUACUCAGUCGCAUGAUCUUUCCCACCUCGUGCUCGACCGCUUACCGCUCGGCACCAAGACAGCAGUGAAGAUCACGACUACAGUGCUGGAUCCUGGCUUGUAUGCAGACCCGUUCAACGAUGAGCUUUAUCUAUAUGGGCCUAUGCGGAGCAGUUGCUUCACUUUCCGUAUCGGUGGUAAGAUAGAUGAAGAAGUCCGUGCCAGCCACAACAUUCCGUCGAAUUGGAAAGCAAGACGAAAGUUCUUCCUCGACCAGUCACAGCUGGAGAAGUCCACGUUUGUGAAGGGACGAAUGUUGCUGGGGUUUUUGAUUAGUGUGGCGAAGCAAGUGGAUGAGGAGACGCAUCAUCUGCGGUUUAUGUUGAAGAGUAGAGAGAGUGGGAAGGUGUUGUUUGUGGUGUUCUUCAAGUUGUUAUUUGCGAAGAAACUUGAGGAUACGCUGAAGAAUGGCGACAGAGCGCCCUCUUUCCAGGAGCCUUCAGGAUCCAAAGCGCCUAAAUCGUACACAAGAGAGGACCAGAGCGACUACAUACUGAACGCAGCGGCGAGCACUCUUGCACAGUCGAUAUCUGCCGCUUUUGGUGCGAUGGGUUUUGGAAACUCUUCCGACUCCGAAAAUGUCAAUGGGAACAGCACACCAUACAGAUCACACGCAAAACCUGCAAACGCGAUAGACGACUGA